AAUCCUGCUGGGGAGAGGGGACAAGACAGGCACUGGGGAAGGAAGGUGUGAUAUAAAAGGCAUGCUAGAGAUUUUAUUUGACAAGUUUUACAGAUAAGGGUUUGGGGGAACACAGAGGGGAUUGAGGGGAGGGGGUGGUCACAUACCAAAGCAUUGAUUCAUUAUGGCUUUAUUUUCUGUUUGGUACAGUGGUGGUGCUCCCAUGCCAUGGGAGGGGCAGGACCCUGGCCAGUUGAGGAGGAAUGGGGCCCUGCCAUUCCACUUUGCUUUUCCUGUCUUUCCCUACCUUUUCCUGCCUGCAUCAACCCUUCCUUGCGAAGGCCGUGGAGAGACCAGUGCUGGCCUCUUCCCCACUCCUCUAUCACCAGCCCUUCCUUGGCACAGAGACCCAGCUGGCAGAGGGAAGGUGGGUGCCAGGCACAACCCCUUCCCUCUGCUCAGCCUUGCUGGUGUUGUGUGUCUGCUGUGAAUCAGGGGAGCAGGGUAGUGUUGGGCUCAGGAGGGGGACAGGGAUGUGUUUCUGCCAUGCCUUUCUCUCUCCUGGGGAUGACAUUUCUAUUUUUCACAAUCACACGCACAUUAUAUUAUAUUAUAUUAUACAUAUAUAUAUAUGUGUGUGUGUAUAUAUAUAUAUAUAUAUAUAUGUAUGUAUGUAAACACGCUGACCUUUUUUUUUUUCAAUCUUAAUUUAUUGUCUUUACUUUUGAAUGUGUCCCGGGUUUGUGCAGUAGGUGGAGGGACAGCCCAGACCUGUCCUCUCUUGGAGAAUCCUUUUCUCUCGCAGGGAGGUGGGAUGCUCAUCUGAGACUGAUUCUCCUCUUCCAGCGUGGGUUCAACUGUAAAUGUCCUUGUGGCCUUGCUCCGUGGUGGAGGACAUGAGCAAAUCCCACUGUCUUGUGGACACUUCUCUGGGUCUUUUACUUCCAUCUUCUGUGGAUGCAGCAUUGUUUUGUGAAUCUUCUUCCUUGCAGAAAGCAAGUGGGAGAGUGGGAAGAAGGGCCCAGUUUGCCUUUGUUUAGAUGUACUCAGGAGGUAACUUGCCUGGGGAGAGAACGUCCUCUGGAGGGUGGCCUCUGUGAGAGCCUGACUUCAUGUGCUCUGCAUCCCUUCCCAUAAGAGCUCUCCCUGUCUCCAGCACCAGAGCAGGGCCCUGAACUGAAAUGUCCAUGUGAAACACCUGACUUGUGCUAUGUGAAUUCCCCAUGUUGCGUCUGACAUGAAACAGCCUCUGCUACGAUGUUCAAUUCCAGUCCUCAGAAAACAAGCAGAAAUUUCUCUUCCAGAGAAAACUCUGGGUUGGGUUUCUUUUUGGGUUGGUUUUUUUUUUUUUUUUUUAAUAAUUUGGUUUUAUGCUUUUAGCAGGAUUACUCCUUAAAAUAACAUCUGUCUUUUGUGAGGGCAGGGUGUCUGCUCUUCUAGCUGUGCUUCCACACCAACGUACCUGCCUGCCCCAAUCCGUCCCACAAUUAAACACAAGUAUGGGCCUAUGCUGAUGUUUCCUACCUCUUCCUUGUACAGUCCUGCUCUGUGAGGGAAGAUGGUGGUGCUGGUUUGGGAAUUGCCACUCCAGAGCAUCACCUCCCUGUGUGCAUUUUGGCUCAUCUUAGAGCAGGGGGAACAAGCCCCUUGCUGCUGGGUUUAAUGACUAUGUGAAUACAACAUGUUGAUCAGACCCUCCCCAGUUUCCUCCACUAACUCUCCACAACCUGUUUUUCCUUGUUUUGUCCUCAGAAUUGCUAUCCCAAUUUGUUCUGGCCCAGUUCUCCCUGUUUACCCUGGAACAUGUGGUUCUUCCACUCCUCUCCUCUUCUCUGUUUUCUUUUCCUGCUGCUUUUCUCUGUGUUUGUCCAUGCUGAACUUCCCAGCUCAUUUCUGCCCUUGCAGACAAGUUUUUUGGUAGCCAUUCCACUUCCCUUGCUGCCAGAACCAUCUUUUAGACCUUUUGCAUCCAACUUUGGUGACAGGAGAACCUGUCUCCUUCUUGGUAUGGAGCUGCCAAGGACAAAUAUCUUCCAUGAGCCUGAGUGCAAUGUGUUGCCUGGUGAAACCGUAAGAAAAGUGUUGGAAAUUUGCAUCCUUUAUAUACUAACUUCACCUUUGGACAUGUUCAAAUGAGUCUCUUCUCCAGCAUUUGUAAACUGAAAGCUUUACUUUUAGUUUUUCAGUCCUCUGGACACUCACCAAAGCAGCUGGUGGAAAACAGACAUCACUCCCAGAGCCCUGCAGCAUCCGAGGGGCUCAGCCGUCAAACAGUGUGGCUUGCCCAUAUUUUAGGGCCGGGGAGUGCAGCAGUGGUGCCCCUGCAGGUGCUGUGCUCCCACUUGUGGGCUCUGCUCCGCUCGCAGCCACCAGAGGAGGGCAGGCUGGGCUCGGCGAACGCUUCUCCUCCGGGACACGCUCCCGGGGCUUUCACAGCACUGGGGCUGCGCUCAGAGCCCUGCAGGGGUGGGAUGUUGGAGCAGAGGGGUUACUCACUCGGGGGGGGUGCAGUUUGGGAUACAGAGAACGGUGCUGGGCAUGAGGCCAGCGGCAAUCCCAGUGCUGGUGUCCGCUGUGCUCGGGCUCCUGGUGGAGACUGUGCCUGACACAGGCUUGGGCAGCAGCGAGGUCACCCAGCUGUGCCAGGUGGGUGGCGGGCAGAGACCUGAACCAUCGGGCCUCAUCCAGCCUUCUGCUAAAGGCAAUCAGGAAAAGCUUGGCCUCCCUGAAGUCAGACCUGGGGGUGGUCAUUGGAGAUGGGUGGUUUGGAGUAGUAGAGGAGGAUACAGAGGGACUGUACUCCCUCCCUGCAGGAGAUGGCUGUGCUGAAGAAAGAGGGGUUGCAGGGCAAAGCUCAGCACUGUUUUUCUGUCUGUGUGAGAGCAGGGUAGGUUAAAAAAGCCUACCAAGGAAAUUAUGCAUUCAGUUCAGGGCACUGCCUGUUAAACACAGAUGUGAAUAGCUUUGGAAGCUUAUGGAAAUAUGGCUGUUACUUGUUUGCAAGUGAGCCCAUACAAAUGGAGACUGGCUUGCACUGUUGGGUUUUGGAGAUGGAUGGGAAUUACAGGCCUGUGAGAGGAGCAGGACGUAGCCCUUGGUGAUGCUAACACGGGUCAGGAGCUGGCCCUGGAGCACAGCCAGGAGCUCACCCCAAGCCCUGUAUUUCAGGCCAGCUGUGAGGAGGGGCAGCUGCAGGCAAAAGGAGCAGGAUGAGACCCCUCCGAGGUGGGAGCUCCUGCUCUGGGGAGACAGGAGGUGCUGAGUCACUGGGAAAGAGCUCAGCAGACAUCAUGGAGGGCUCUGGUACACAGCCCAUCAACAGCAGAGACCUGCAGGGCUGUGUCAGAGAGCUGGGGUGUGCACGUGCCACAAACACCUCUGUGCCAGAGGAUUUCCCAGGAGAGGGGAGGCCCAGGGAGGUGUGUUCAUAGCUCUGAGUGAUGCUCAAAGGAGCCCCCCUGCCCACCGAGGCUGAUGUUGGGGGCUUGGUCCCCUCUGCAGAUCUGGUGCCCAGAGACCAUUCACCAUUGGUGCUGUGUUUGUCCUGACUGAGGGAGGGUCGUGUCGCACUUGGCAGUGCUUCAAGAUUCCCUGAAACACCCAGCUACACCAAUUAGAUGUUUUCCGCUGGCUGUCAGCUUUGGGUUGAAAUCCUGGGGCCUUUCUAAAGUCCCAGCUCCUCUGGAAAAAUGAAGUUUAUGUGCAAGUGUCCCUGCAGCUCUUGGCCCAGAAAUUCAAGUUCAGGUGUGGUGCUGAGCCUGGAAUCAAUGCUGAGACACAACACUUCCAGCAAAGAGAUAUUUGGAAUGAAGUAGCCAGUGUUUAAUCAUAGUCUGAUUUUUUAAAAUAUCUUUUUAUUUGUGCGGUUUUAAGGAAGGCUAAUUGAAUCCUCUAUGAUUAGAGGCACCUUGUGAGACAUCCCUCCCCUUUGAUCAAUGCACUAGUCUGGCUCAACAGCUGCAUGUAGAUAAAAGUCCUAUACAUAAAGUACGAGGUAUUGUUCUGUUUUAAUUAAAACACUUAAAAUUCUGUUUGCAUGAGGUUAAGAAAACAUUAAAAUCCUUUCCAGGGGUUAUUAUCAAACUGCUGAUUUAAGCAAAGCCAAAGAGCUUCACAAACCAAGUGUACUCUUCCCCAUGGAGAUGACUGCUUCUCCCAGGCCCUGUGUCCUGGACAGUGACAAUAUAUCAAGACAAAAAAUGUGGCAACUUUCUUUCUGAUCUUCUCUAGGUCCAGCCCAGCCAGGCCAUGCUUGGUGUGCAAAACUGGAGUGUAUUUUAGCCUUAAUGCAAGUGAGGGUUUUGCAAGUUGCUCAGAACCUUUCUGGGUGAAAUUAAUUUCUGCUGCUAAGAAAGUCUGUGACAAUCUUUAACACUGCAUCUCUCCAGCCUCCUCCUGCCACUCUUGGUGUGCCGGAGCCUUCCCAAACAAUGACAGCUGCCUGCUCCUCUGCACGUUGGGGAGCUGGCUUUGCCUUUAAGCAGUGACAGGGAAAUAUGCUGGACUAAAGAAGAGACUAUCCUUUGGUGCACUCUUUAGAAAUGGAAAUACUUGAUUCCCCUGAGUGGUUCCAGCGUAACCAGGAGCAGGGCCAGCAAUGGCUUCUCCCUCUCCAGCUUGAAGGGACUCUGUGACCAGGGACUCCACCAAAAUGAUGGUCUGUGAAGAACUCAUCAUUCUGUGUGAGAGGGAAGGGACAGCAGCUUUCCUUUCCAAAGCAGAGAGGCUUCAGAAGGGAAGAAAAUGUCCUUAGGGCUGUUUGCUGCUGGGCUCCUGGACAGCACGGGAUGGCUGGACUCUGCAGCUGAGUGAGGCUCAGGGAGCAGGGAUGGGUCCUGCUCUGCUUUCUUUGAGCCUAGCCCAUUUCAGUGGCAAAAUUAGCUUUCCAAAGUAACCUUAGGUUUGAUCUGCUUUUCUCCUGGUUCAUUAAAAAUCCACACAUAGGUGCAAAUGAUGGCAAGCCAGGCUCUGGGAGAGCUUUGGGCAGUUGAGAUCAUGCAGUACAGGCUGGCAACCCCAAGAACUGCAGGCGACGGUGAUGCUAUCCAAGUGCAGGACAUAUUCCUGCUCAGGAGGUGGGUCAUUGCCCAGAUCUUCCCUGAUCUCUCAAUAAAUGAUCCCAGACUUGCGAAGUGGGAUAUGACCCCUACUGUGGCGCAUGCCCCUCAUUGUUACAGCCGUGCCUUCCUCUAGUCCCAUCCUUGGGGUGCAGAGCAGCCUUCCCAGGGCCCCCAGCCCCCUGCCAGCCCAGGCAGGGGCUGUGGCCUGAUCCUGCCCUGGAGGUGACACCUCCCACGACCUGCCCGGGGCCCGGCACACCCGCAGGGCUGUGCCAAGCAGCCUGAGGAAGCGAGGGCAGCCAGAGCCUUCCUCCUGCCCCCGGCCAUCCAAGUGGCGGCCAGCUCGGCCGCAGGAAGAGGCUAACAGCGGCGGGCGAGCCACCCCCUCAGCUUUGAGUAUCACUUUCAGCUAUUCUGAAGGUUAAACGCCUGUUUAGAGCUCCCUAUUGAAGGUAGAGCCGGGGGUGCGGCAUUGUUCGGACGCCCUCCCGCUUUGUCUGGCCGCUUUGAGGGAUGCCCUGAAUGGGAAGCGGCCCCCCCAGCCCAGCACCCCGGCAGAAGGGCUCCCGGGGGAGAGGCGCUUCCUCCCGCCCUAAUGACAUUCAGGCCUCCAUCGGUUCAGCUCCCGCUUUCUUUCUGCUGCAGUUUAACCCGGGCACAGAGGCCGGGCUCCAUCUUACUGAUCUCUGCUUGACACCCAAUUACCACAUGAAUGGGAGAGAAAGGCUGCAAAAGGCUUUAACUCCCACUGACCCUCCUUCCCCUCUGCCUGCUUCCCUCUCUCCCCGUCCUACCCCCUCGCCUUUCUCCGGCGGAGGGAGUUCAAAACUGAGACGGGGAAAUCAAACAAAGCCCCGAGUAAGGAAACCCAUUGUCACCGCCUCCGCGAUGGCUCCCCUUUCGCCAGCUAUUGUUCCCCUUGAAGUUUGACUUGCUGUGUGGAAGGAUGCGAGCAGCUGUUUGCGCAUUCCCCUGAUGUUUUAUUGAAAAAUAAUUGAAUCGUCAGUUCGGGGCUCUCUGAUAAAAUGUUUCCUCUCAGCGCUAGGCCCUGCUGUAUUUAUAAACUACGUUUCCCUCUAGGAUGUGAUGGCGACCUAAAAGGUUUCCUCCAGAAUAAACCCUCAGUGGAGGAAUGGAAGCAUGUUCCUUCUGCACUCAAGGAGAGAGAGAAAGAGUGCAAAUGGCAGGAAAAACAGACAGAAGAUGGGAAUGAAACAAAAUAAAUGAACCCUUCUUCAUUGCCAGGCUCGAUUUCCCUUUGUAGUUGGCUUUGUGGGAGGGGAAUGGGAGCAGCCGGAGCCCCUGGUCAGUGGCCUCCUGCCCCAGUAGCCAGAGUGGGCACCACAGCUACCUGGGUUUUAUAUAUCUGGUUAUCAAACUCUCCGUGUUUACAGCACUUCAACAAGGCAGCAUUACGUUUUCUUGAGGAGUUUGCGUUUUCUUGAGAGAAUUUGUGGUGCUCUGAUUUCAGUGUGCAACAUGGAGACAGGACUCAUUCCUCUCCCAAGCACAAAAUGUCCAUAAAAAUAUCCCCUGUAUCUCAUGUGGUCACUUUUUGUUCAGGACAAUUGUUAACAGUAACCAGCUUUGAAUGCUUGAAUGAGCCAAACUGGUAUUUAUGAUUACUGUUGCCUUUCUUCUAAUUUAUUUUUGCUUUUCCAGGGAGGUACUAACACUAAAUCUGUACCAUUUUGUGUAAGCCAGGAAUCAAGAUUCUUUUAGGAGCUAGUUCUGCUUUUAUUUGGCCUCAUAAAUGAUUUCUGGGAGCCAGAAGAAUAGCUCAUAUAAAACCAUAACUGCAAACACUGAUCUGGAAUCAAGAUUACCAGAUCCUCUGAACACAGAAUGCUUCACUCAUUUCUGAAAUAAAGAUUUUUGUUGAAGGCCUCUUUCCUCAGCCACUUUUCCAUACAAUUCCAUCCUGGGCCAUAUCUCUGAGAUACUCAACAAAAGCCUUAGGAUUUAGAGAUAUAUAAAAUCCAGCUGGAAUUUUUGGAUGAAGACCACGGUCAACAGCUUCACGGCUCUGCCAUCACGUAACCCCGGCAGCGACGGCAGCAUUCAUCUGCCGGAGGGACCAGCCUUUCCUGGGGCCCAGCCCAGAGAAUGAUCUCCUCGGAGAACAAAAGGCCAUUACAAACACCACCACCUUCUGCUCCCGGGGUUAGGCGUACUCUGACCCCCGUUAGCAUAAACGAAGAGCAAUCUGUCUGUGUAAAUUUAUGCCCCUUACACAUAAUGCAUCAUGUAUAUGCAUAGCUGUUACAUUUCUAUGUGCAUGUGUGCACAUGUACAUGUAUUUUUUAAAUCCAAACCCUCCACUGAGUGGAGGGAGGGUUAAGAGGCUGCAGUUUUUCUACCAGUGCUGCCCCUGUGCAGCUCAGUGUUUGGGGGAGAAGCCCAGCCCAGCUGUCACCGCCAUGGCUGCGUUCUGCCUGUGUACAUGGGCCUUCUCUGGGGACAGGAGGGGAAAACAAACAGGCGACAGAUGUGAGCCGCGUUGUUUAACGCCGUGCCGGGGGUGCCUGGCGCCGUGGGGAUGUGCAGGCUGGCAGGGGCUGCCUGAGCAGGAGGGGAUGCUGAACAGCCACCCCCGGUGCAGAACUGCAUCUUCCCGGUGCUGACAGGAGCUGUCGUUAGCAUCACCCAGCUGUUUCUGGUCCCCCACAGCAAUCCCGAUGAGCUGCGAGGCCGCGGGUUGGCAUCACAGAAUCACAGAAUUGUAGGGCUGGGAGGGAUCUCUGGAGAUCGUUCAGCCUGACCUGCCUGCCCAGGCAGGGUCACCUGGAGCAGGAACACAUCCAGGUGGGUUUGGAGUGUCUCCAGACAAGAAGACUCCACACCCUCCUUGGACACCUGCUCUAGUGCCUGUGCCAUCCUCAAUGUAUAGAAGUUCUUCCUCAUGUUGAGGCAGAACUUCUUGUGUUGUAGCAGCUUUGCUGCUGGGAAAUCUCCGCUGGGAAUACCAUCUGCAGCUCCUGCCUUUUCGCAGCCCAAGUGCUCUUGGGCCCUGUGGGUGGUACUGAAGGAGUGAAGGGAGUUCUCUGCGCGGAGAAGCCUGAACCUGGUGCAGAAAUAGGUAAUUUAAAAUUACACCAGCGGAGUCAUACACCGUGCCCGGGCACUGCAGGAGCCUCUCUGGGAGAGGAAGAGGAGCAGAGAGGAAAAGGAGCGGGGACGACGAGGAGCAGAGAGGACGAGGCAGGAGGGACCCCGGCCGCAGGCAGCGCCCAGAGCCGCCCCACCCUCCCCAGCACGGCGGGAGCGGAAGUCCGCGCGGCACUUCCGGCGCGGCCGCGCGCACCCGCCCUCCCGCCCGCCGCCGCCAAGAUGGCGGCGCCCGUGUCGCUGCAGGUGGAGUUCGGAGGUGGUGCAGAACUCUUGUUUGAUGGUGUCAAAAAGCAUCAGGUGACUUUGCCCUGUCAACCAGAGCCUUGGGAUAUCAGAAACCUGCUCAAGUGGAUCAAACAGAAUCUGUUGAAAGAGCGACCAGAGUUAUUUAUGCAAGGGGAAUCUGUGAGGCCAGGAAUUUUGGUGCUCAUCAACGAGGCAGACUGGGAACUAAUGGGUGAGCUGGAUUAUAAACUCCAGGACCAGGAUAAUGUGCUUUUCAUCUCAACAUUGCACGGCGGGUGAACUCCUGAAAAAACAAGAGGAUGUAAAUCUAAAUCCCUAGGAAAAAAACAAGCAAACAAACAAACAAAAAAACCCAAAAACAAACAAAAACCUUAACCCACCCAAACCUCUCUUGAACUGUCUGUGUCCAGUCUCUGCAUCUUCCCACUGCGUUCACUUGUUCUAGACAUCCAAAUAAAGCCCCGCCAGCCUGCGGCCUUCUGUCCACCACAA